AUGCCGAACGUCCAGGACGCCGAGGAGCUGCCGCUGCUCCAGAGCAAGUCGCGGCGGGCGGCAGUGCCCAAGAGCGACAUGACUGACAUGGAUGAAUACAUUUGCUACGGCGACCGCGUUGCCUUCCUGUGCGAGGGGCAGCUCCUCGCCUUAACCCACAAGUUCAACCUAACCUACCAGCAAAUGGCGCUGCUCGCGGCUUCCACGCUGGCAACUGGCGGACUCAUGGGCCUCGCGGGCUUCUUCGUGUGGCGCAAGGGGCUUUUCCGCAAGCGAUACGCCGCUCUCUUCGGCGACGACAUUUACAACGAGGACGACCUCGUGUCCUCCUCCUCGCAGGAGCAAACCAAUGUGACAUACGACGUGCCGCUGUUAGGGGCGGAGCGCAGCAAAAGGCGGGGGUCUACCUUAACCUCCAGUCGCAUCACUACCACGAGUGGCGUGGCGGGGGAACCGGAUGCCCCCGUGGGGGGAUCCAAAGCCCCCCACGGCUCAGUCGCCUUCAGACUCUUCGAGUUUGACCCCAAAAAGCAGCAACUGGUGUUCGCCAGCGUCGGGCUGCCCGUGAAGUUCGGCACGCCGCUCGUGGUGGUGCACGCGGAGACUGGGAGGGCCAUCAGGUACCUGAGCCACCGAGGGGCCGUGACGAUCAGUAAACCGCCGGUGAACUUGGCCUUCCACCGCCAGGUGCGUGCCAGUCUUUUCGCUAUGGAGGAGUCGGCGGCGCACCUCAACCACAUCAAGAGAACGAGACCCCAGUCGGCGCUCGUGGCGUCCAGCAACACUAGCAACGUUAACACUGGUGAGCUGAGGGCGACGGUGGCGGACCCGACGAUGGCGGAGACGCAGGAAGAGGAGACGCCCGAGUCGGAUUUUAUUGUGGAGUUGGCAGACCAGAGUCAGGGGCAGCAGAGUCAGAGGCAGCUGCAGGUGCUCACCAGAUAUCCGAGGGGCAGGAAGCUGCAGAACUUGACGGCCAACAAGCACCGACCGCGCAGUCGCAAGCAGCAGCAGUCGGCGCGCUCCAUGCAGUACGGCGCGCAGCGACGCAGCUUGGACAUGACCAGCUCGACCGCCGCGGCCUUCCGCGCGGCGAUCGAGGACCCGCGAUCUCGUCAGCCGGCACUUUCUUACGGCGACGACCCGACUGGAACGACGGUCGUCAGCCUCAACGAUGGACCGAGUGCGUCGUCGGGUCGUGGCCGCCGCAGGGCGUCGAGCUCGUCGGCUUCGGCCAUUGCAGGCUCGGGGCCGAAUGCGUUCUACCGAUCCAUCUCCGAGUCGUACAUGAACAUGGUCUCCGACAUCUCGGAUACGCUACAGCAGCAGCGCGACCGACAACGGGACCGCCAGGAGCUGAGGCGUCGACAGAAAGCGCUCAUGAAGGACCUGCCCAACAUGUCAUUCAACAACCCGUUGGGCAAAUACUACGUGGGGACAGUUGAGCCCGUUCGACACCAGAUUACCGGCAGCAACUACCGUCUACCUGUGGCUCCAAGCGACGAGUUUCUGCGCUGGGGACAGCCGAUGUCGCUUGUGGCUAAGUUCAACGGCCGAGCUUGCGGUAUCCGACCGCGCGAGUAUUACAAGGACAGUGAUUUGUACCUGACGACGGAGGCGACACCAACGACCAUCGUGCCGCUGCGUGAAGACGGCGACCUCAAGUGCAUGGCCAAGGAGUCGACGCGAUACCUGGCGCACCUGGAGAAGCGUCAGGUAACUUUGAGUGUCGGAACGUAUAACGUGUGGAUGCUGCCGCGUAAGGUGAGCGCGUUUACGAGUGUGUCGCCCAAGAAGAAUACGCGCGCGAGGCUGAUCGGCGACUUGCUGCCUCCGUGUGACAUCUGGAUCCUGACGGAGUGCUUCGACUACCGCGCGCGCGAUAUUUUGCUGGACAAGAUGUCGGAGGCGGGCUACUUCUUUUUCUCGCCGACGGUGGGCCACAAGCGGAUGAACAAGUCCAACAUGCGCAAGCUGCUGAACGGAGGCGUGCUGCUAGCCAGUAAGUACCCGAUUCUGAGUGUCCGGGUGAAGCUUUUCGAAGGCGCAUGCGCUGGUGCCGACAAGUUGGCGGACAAGGGCGUGCUGUACUGCAAGAUACUGAAGGACGGUCUGCUGGUGCACGUGUUCUCAACGCACUUGCAAGCCUGGAACGACCCGCUGUCGCGGACCAUGCGCAAACUGCAGAUGGAUAUGGUCGCGAACUUCAUGCGCGCUAUGGAUAUCGACGAGGCGAACGAUGUGGUGCUGUUUGUUGGCGACCUGAACGUCAACUACUGGCUGAACAAGACCAACAAGGAGUACGACGAGAUGCUGGACAUCUUUGAAGCCAAGGACCCUUCAGUCGUGCAGCCUCGGAAACUCGGCAACGCGUCCGACUCUGAUAAGAAGGAGUCGGCGGCGGAGUACAAGCACCUGCGCAAGUACAGCUUUGACCCGCGUGUGAACGCCCUGGCUGCUGACGGCCUGAGCAGCGAUGGCAGUCUGGAGUUGCUGGACUACAUCUUGUACUCGCGCACCCAUCGUCAGCCCAAGUCCGCUACGAGCUGGGUGCUGCCGCUGACCACGAGGUCGCCGUGGAUGUGGCGCAGCCAGCCGCACUACAACCUGUCGGACCACUUCCCCGUUGUGAGCGAGUUCACUUUCGAGAUGUAGCUGAGGGGAGUUAGCUGGGUGCUGGUGGAUGGAUGUUCUCAUCGUGAGAGCAUCCAUUCGCAACGAAAACAAAAUCCUGAAGCGUCGAGUGUGAAGGAAGCCUCGAAAUCAUCGCCAAGGACGUGAGUGCAAGUUGCUUGUCGUGUAUUUUUGCUAUUUUAUCUCAAGUAGAUUAUCGAAUACAUGGGGAAAUCAAUGAAAUCGUUUAACAAUUUUC